AGACGACGGGCUCCGGAGGCGCAAUGGUGGGCGCCCCGCCCAAGACUCGCAAGUGCUGCUCGUGCCUGGGCCCCAAGUCGGCGCCCUUCUGGGUCGGCCUGCUCACCAACCUCGGCAUCUGCACGCUCCUCUUCGCCUACACACUGCUGGGCUCCUUCAUUUUCCUGGCCAUCGAGGGCGGCGCCUCGACGAUGCAGCAGAAGACUCUGGCGUCGACGAAUCGCCAGCUGAAGCCUUCGCCGGCGACCGUUCGCAGUGAUAACGUCACCUUCUCGCCGGCUGCCAUUCAGGACACGCUCGAGGCGCGCCAGAGAGCCGUGGAGAACAUCUGGGACAUCACUGUCUCUCUCAACAUUCUGUACCGCGAGAAUUGGACCAGACUGGCCGCGCUGGAGAUUGCUCGCUUCCAGGAGCAGCUCAUAAAGCGGCUCACCGAUGACAUGACAGCCCACGGCGCUCAGCAGGGCGACGCGGGCGCGCCGGCGACGGGGGCCGUCAUCGUGCAGUCGUCCCUGGGGCAGGAGUACGAUUGGACGUUUGCCAGAGCCUUCCUCUACUCCCUCACCGUGCUCACGACGAUCGGCUACGGGACAAUCGCGCCCAAAACCACGCUGGGUCGCGUCGUGACGCUGGCCUACGCCGUGCUGGGUAUUCCCCUCACGCUGGUCUACCUCUCCAGCACAGGCGGCGUCCUGGCGCGCGUCGCCCGAGGAUUCUUCUCCAGAGCGCUGUGCUGCUGCCUGUGCUCCAACUGCGGCUACUGCUGCUACGACGAGAAGCGCAUGGCGGAGAAGGAGCGCCGCAUGAAGAAGAAGCGCCAGCAGGAGGAGCUGCGGACGCAGCAGCUGGCGCUCCAGGAGCCGUACUACGUGCGCUCCGGCUCGCUGCACAACAACCUGCACUCGCCGGAGAAGCAGAUUCAGUUCCCGGAGAUCGACUCGCUGAGCGCCACGGAGUCCAAGGCCAGCAUGCACGGCCUGAGCCUUCUGGCGCCCAUCCUGCUCUGUCUCUCCAUGAUGGUCAUCUACAUCGGUCUGGGCGCCGCCGCCAUGAACCGCCUGGAGGGCUGGCCGCUGCUCGACGGCGUGUACUUCUGCUUCAUGAGCCUCUCCACGAUCGGCUUCGGCGACCUGGGGCGCAUCCGCAAGGAGUCCACCACCACCACGUGGUUCUGCUCCGUAUACAUCAUGUCCGGCAUGGCGCUCACGGCCAUGUGCUUCAACGUCCUGCACGAGGAGAUCAUCCACAGGAUAAAGCACGUGGUGGACAUCAAGAAGAGCGGCGAGGACGCCGACUUCGGUGCCUCCUGACGGUACGAGAAGAACACAAACCUGUAUCAGCGAAACCCCACCGAGGAGACACUAAUCACAGGAACGCCAACGUCGCUGAUCUUCGGCCAGGAGCCGGACCUGAAUCAAAUGCACGUGCUGAAGGACUGCACGAACCACAGCCUCGGCCACGAGUUGGUGCCAAUUGUGACGAUGG